CUGUGGCCUGUGACCUGCGCAGGGAUUCUCAAAGAUUCUCAACCCAGCAGCUCCACGGCACACAAGUUUUUGCACCGCAACCUCUCGCUGUUGACAACUCACGCAGCAUCGCUCAGCCGUCUAUCUGAUUUAGACAAGUCGACAAAUCCUGUCUCUCUUUCAUACUGCCACUCUUUCUUAUUCGUACACAUGGCGUUCAACUGAUGGAACACUGACCAAACCAGAUCAUACCUGUGACUGGUCUUGUCUGGCCACCGCACAAACCUGGACCAACUACUGUCCUGUCGUCCACGUCCACCCAGCUUGGGCCUCAAACACAGACAAACAACACCUGCAAAACCUGCAAACCAUUCACCACCAUCGUCACCUCAACUGUCACCAGCCAUCAUGCGCGCUGUUGUCCGACUGUGACCGAUCCGGGCCAUCCCCCGUCCCAGUCCUCCUUCGAUUCUUGCAUACACCUUCUUGGGGUUUUAUCAUACCCCGGACACUCGCUCGACUUGCAAUCCUAACAUUAAUACUAUCGACCUCAAAAGAUCAGCAUGGAAAAUCUAAUGUCGUAUUUCUUCGACGCAGCUGCGCCUGGCGUUGCUCGGUCUCCCACCUCGUCAACUAAUCUGUCUUCGCCAACCACGUCUACCUUCUCCAAAGGUCAUUCUUCGCGUGGCUCCGGUUCGUCGAUCAACUCCUCGCCGAUCCCUCGAGAGUCGCUCGACAUGUAUGCGGGGCCAAAGAGAUUGGAGGAUGUAACAGAAGAACCACAAGAAAGAGAUGACUUUGAGGGCUACACGCUGGUCGAUGACAGCAGGACCUAUGAUUUCCCCGACUAUGACAAGGCUUUCUCAGAUUAUCAUGGUCAACCUUCUCCACCGAGCUCGCCUGUACAACCUGAAUGGACCCUGGGAGACACCGAUGCCUGGUCCUCGACAUCCUCCGGUUUUCGAUUCUCCAAAAGACGUCGGUCCAUGGAGCAAGCUCCUACGGUUGCUCCUGUCAAUCCGAACCGUCUCAGCAGUAAAUUUGGGUCGAUGAAAAGACGUUGGAAAAACAGAUCGGCUGUAGAACCGAGACUGUCCAUCAUCACCCAUAUGAACUCCCCAGCAUCCUGGUCGGGAUCCAUUAGCUCCUCGCAGGUCCUCAGUCCUGCAUUGAGCGCAAUCUCCAAGCAUGAAAGUCUACUUCCUUCCUCUCCAGCAGUACCGCGUGCGAGUCAGACCUCGCUGGAACUGGAAACAGAACCAAAGCCUAUCGAGCAGACACCCGAGGAAGAUGACGAGGAGCAAGGUCAAGCGACCACACCGUUACUGCCGCCGGUGCUUGCAGAAAUCUGCCAAAAAGAGGAACCUAUACAGUCUCCUCUUCAGUCACCUUCAAUUGCGCCGACAUCUGCAAUCAUGAGCUCACGGACUUCCAUGGACACGUCCCUGUCAUGUCUCCCGUCGCCACCACUAUCAACCAAACCGUCCAUGGUAUCGAUGCAUAACAGGUCUCGGACCAACACCAUGACUGGCUGUCCAAUUCUAGACAUCCCACCAUUGCAACUCCUGGAUGAUGUUGCUGAUCUAUGGGCUGUUCGACUUGGACAUGCGAACUUCACCAUCCAUCCUGAGCCAUACAUCCCAGAUACCAUUGACUUGGACUCGUAUACAGAGUAUCGCAACAACUGGGAUCAUGCCCGGACUAACUAUGCCAAGCACAUUGCGCGCACUGCCGAACAUUAUGGGUCAACAUCCAAGGUCUUCAAGUUGACAGAGGACAAGUGGGCUUCUAUCGAUGAUGUUUGGAAACGACAGCACAGCCUGAUGAGGACUGCCCUUGACCCAGUCCUGGCGCGUCUGAGUGAUGGUGACUCUGAGAUGCAGGAGUCUACGGCAUCGAGUGUGGUUCUUGAGAAACCACUCACCAAAGUUGUACUCCCUGUCAUCGACGAUAAGAGCGGCAAAUUUCCAGAACUCGGUGACGGUGAGAUCGUAGGGCCAAUGUCCGUGGCCCGACCUCGAGCUUUGACACAUCCUAGCAGAGGAAGCGACUGGCGCAGCCCACCUCUGUCAACGCAGAAGCGUAAUCUCAUUCAAAUUCUCUCCGACAUUUUCCACAAAUAAAUUGUACAGUCCCAACGACUAUUACUUGUACACAAAACUUUCUUACUUUGUACAAACUUCUUCGGAUCACGGCACUAGAUACAGGGAUUCUAGGCGUUAUCGAGACCAUAGAAAAGGCGACCUGAUGGAAAAGUCAUCAUAUCAGUGGAAGCCAUCAGUACUAUUUACUCCGACUCUCGGUGACUCGAUGUUACUACUACGACCUUUACGACAUUCCUUCUAUAUGAAGGUCAAUAUCAGAUGAUCAUGACUUGCAACUUCAGCACAGCGAAGCGACGAUACAUUCCUUUGGCGAUAGAGAUGAGACGCUUUUUCGGUCUUACAAUUGGCAAUUGUUUUCAAGGCACGAUACAAGUUGUCAUUACUUAUGGCGGCUACAUACUUUGGCAAAUCUGACUCGCGAGAGUUGGCAGACGUAUGUAGCGCAGUCGGUUGGUUUUGGAAAGGUGAUGGCGGAUCAAUGAGGUGGAGCUGAUGAGGGUGAUACUCAUAGAUAUGCAAAACUGUUGAAAACCAAAACA